AUGAACAGGCGUUCGACUCAGGAGGGAGACAAGGACGACAGAUCUCCUACGCACUAUGGAUACUAUGCUACUCCCUGCAUAAGGGACUGGGGCUUGGGCGAGACUUCCCGGUCUUCGAACCCACCAACGUACGCGGCCCCGCCCGCACCGAAGAAGAAACCUCGACCAGCUGGCGCUCGUGCCACUGUGAAUGGGGGCCGCACAGUCCGCAACCUGUAUCCGGAGUUCAUGGAAGCAUAUGACUGGACCAGGCUGCGUGCAGAAGUGGAGAUCUGUCAUAUGGAGGUGUACCCCGCAACACUAGAGCAGCCGAGCGCUCCUUUGGCCUCCCAGGCUAUGUUGUUGGCUGCAGCACUGUGA